CGGCUUUUUUAUUUCAAAAAAAAAAAAAACAUUCGAAAUAUUCCAAGAUGAUUAAACCUUCAAAUUCCAAACUUCGUCCUUCAACACCAAAUUCAUUGUCAUCAUCAUCAUCAUCAUCAACUUUACAAAAUCCAACAGAAAAUUCAAAUAUUGUUAACAAUAAUGUCAUUACUAGUCCACCAAUAGCUUAUUCAUCAUUUGCUAUUACACAUAAUAAUCAUUUGAUUGAAUAUUGUCGUACAUCGAUGUCUGCAUUGGCCGGUUCAACUGCCGGUAUUAUUGGUUUAACUUCAUUAUAUGGAUUUGCAUUUUAUAUAUUAAUGGUUAUUAUACUUUGGUUUAUGAUUAUGUCGAAAGCCGGUCCAAAUUAUCAACGAUAUUUUACAUCACCGUGGCAUGUAUUAACAAAUGGUUUUAUGGGUGGCUUAACUACCUAUGUUUUAUUCUGGACUUUUCUUUACGGAAUGGUUCAUGUUUAUUAAGCAUAAAAAUAAUCAAAAUUGUUGAUAUAUUAAAUGCAAUGUUCAUGGAUAAUUAAAAAAAUUUUUAAUUUCAACAUUUAUUAUAAAA